AUGAUACCUCGUCGUUUUCUCUCAAUUACGUCUGCGUUGUCCCUCUUCUCGCAGGCAUGUAGUGCUCAGACUAUUACUCUCACAACUCAUGUCAGUGCCUGUAGUGCAACCUACACAUCAGGAACCUCGACCACAGUCAUUCAAUCGACUGUGACAGUUGAGCCAACACCAUGGACCGAUGUCGCAGCCAACGGCGGUGCACCAUUCGUGAUCAGACUCCAGCAAGUUGAUGUCUCUGGCUACCCUGACCAGGAUACGGCUCCUUACUGGCUGACUGCCAAUGGAAACACCACUACCAACUCCUCGCUGGCUAUAGUCUACACAAUCAACGCAGGCCGUCUCACAACUCUCAAUGGCAGUCACAUCGCAACCAACUUCAAUGUUGUUGAUCAAGCAUUUGGCAUCACUGAUUACAACCUGCCUAUCAACACGACUUUCUCCGUUCGCAAUAGAAUGCUGAAUUGGACUAACCCACUGUUUACAAACGGCACUGCUCAAUUCUACAAGUUGCCUCCAGGCCUGCUCGACAAUGCAUUGAUUCUUGCUAAAUUCCUUGGUCCAAUGGAAGCGAAAAGAAGCUGGAGUCCGGUCGUUCUUCAUGUUGAGCCUCUGGUGAUAAAUGGCACUGGAGUAGGUUCGUCAUCUGCCUCUGCUUCAAGUGGUGUUCCGUUGAGCACUGUGUCAGACCUUUUGCCUGGUGCUUCUAGCUCUUCAGUCGCUUCAGGCACAGUUCUAUUGUCCUCAGUGACUGGAUCUGCAGCUUCAUCGUCAGCAGCAGUAAUUGCAUCCUCCAUCGAAUCACAGCUGUCAUCGAAGCUAUCUUCGGUCGAAUCUGCAGCUGCUUCGUCUUCUGCCGCUUCCGUACUGUCGUCAAUUGCUGGAGGCGCAUCUUCGGGACCCAGCUCAAGCGGAGGCAGCAUCCCUGUUAGCAGUGCAGCAUCUGUCAGCGGCAUUGGCCCUGUCAUCGUGCCUAGCUCAAGUACCGCCAGCUCUACUGCAGCUUCGAGCAGCGUAACUCCUCAGACGACUUACUCUUGUCCUGCCGAUAACGGUGACAUGGUUGAGUCGAACCUUGACGGCAUGUACGAGCUCGGCUGUAACCAGGCUACUUCUGGAGGAGUUGGUCAGCGUGUUGGUUCUUCAACCAACUUCAACGACUGCAUGACUCUCUGCGAUCAAACUGAUGGCUGUGUCUCGUGGACCUUCGAUGGUGUCGAUAGCUGCUACGUCAAGACUGGUAGCUCUUCGGAUGAUGUCUCGUUCCAGCCAGCUACACAAGGUACCGUUUCUGGCAUCAGAGCUGUGCCUGCUCGUCCUGGCGGUACUGGACCUGCCUCUUCGAGUGCUUCAUUGGCUUCUUCCUCUGCUACCCAGACCGCUUCUUCCAGUGCUCCAGCACUGUCAUCUGCUGUUUCCUCUAUCGUUCAAUCUGUCUCUCCCGCUGUUCAAUCCGCUCCGUCAGCCGUUCAACCUGCAUCCUCGGCUGCUUCUUCGGCUGCUCCAUCCAUGUCCUCAGCUGCGAACGCGGGAUCGUCUUCAAUCGCCGGUGCUUCGUCCUCAGUUGCUCCGAUUCUAUCCUCUUUGCCUGCAAUCUCAUCGGUACAAGCAUCAUCAAGCAGUGCACCUGGUGUAGCUUCUAGCGCACCCGUCCCAGGUUCUUCAUCAAGAGCGUCCUCUGCAUCUUCUGUCGUCCCUGCUGUAUCGUCCCCUUCGGCAUCAUCCCCGGCAGCAUCAUCCCCGGCAACAUCCUCUCCGGGAGCAUCUUCAUCCAGCCGGACUGCUGCAGCAUCGUCUAUCGCAGCGUCUUCUCCUGCGGCAUCGUCUUUAGCAUCACCCUCAUCCAGCGGUGCCGCUGCUGCUUCGUCUGGCAGUAGUGCUUCAUCCGCCCCUUCGGCUGCUGUAACGCAGGUCACAUAUUCGUGCCCAUCUGCGGACGGUCAAACAAUUGCUGAUACCAACGGCGUCACCUACCAAAUAAAGUGCAAUUCGGACACUAGUGGAGGUGGACAAAACUUUGGCUCUCCGGCAGAUGCUGGUGCUUGCGCAGCCCUCUGUGACAACACGAACGCAUGUGGAGCUUUCGUCUACACCGAUACCAAAACCUGCUACCUCAAGAUCGGUGGCACCAACUAUCAGUUCCAGGGAACCAGUGCGGGCUUCGUGGCCGGCAUCAGGCAAGGAGUUAUACCCACCAGUGUUUCUUCGUCCACUGCGACUGCUUCUGCAACAGGAAGUCCUAUUCCCAAAUGUCCCGCCAUGGACGGCCAAACCCUCACGGAUUCCAGAGGUGCUCGUUACAGCGUCUCAUGUGGUAGAAAUGGUCAGGGUAUCCUCAUUGCUAAUGUUGGUGUUCAAUCUCAAGGUAUCAACGAGUGUUUCCUCGCUUGCGAUAGAACUGCUGGUUGCGGUGCCCUUGUCUACUCGGGCGACGCUACGAUGACCCAAGGAACUUGCUAUCUCAAGCAGACUGCUGGUGAUCACAACAACGAUCCAGUGGCAUCCACCAUCGCUGAGGCAGUCCUCAUCUCAGGUCCGACUGAUGGCGGUGCAGCUGCAUCUUCUGUUUCUCGUGCGCCUGCUGCUUCAAGCAGUAGUGCCGCUGGUAAUGGCGGUGGUGGUGCGGCAAGUAGCGUUGCUGCUUCAUCAUCCCGAGCUGCCUCGGCUUCUCCUGCACCCACUAGCGGUGGUGGCAGUCCUACGGUCGUCAAUCCUGAUGGCUCGACUUCGACCUACAACGGUCUUCUCGCCAGCCCAACUCGUUGCGACUUUGGCGACCCGAUCGACACUGAAGAAGACGACUCCUACUGUGAGAUCGACCUACCCUUCGAGAUGAAAAUAUACUCUGGAUCUUCCGCCAAGUCCUUCCCAUCCACUAACGGUCUCCUCACCCUGAUCGACAGCAGCACAACCUACGACAACGCGGGCGGUCUCCCCAACCCUUACAUCCCCAUUUACGCCGCCGCCCCCUUCUUCGACGACCUAAUCAAAUUCGGCGAGAACAACGACGCGGGUAUCUUCUACCAAACCACCUCCACAUCAGUAAUCUAUGAGUACCGUCUCGCUCGCGCUGGUACCUACGAGACCUACCAUUUCACAGUCAGCUAUGACAGUACCCAACCUGGUAUCUUUGUCUAUCGCUACUAUGAUAUUGGUGGUGAUCAAGGCUCUGGCAGUGCAGCUAUCGGUAUCCAGGGUUCUACUGAUGGAACUACGCGUAUCGCUGUCAAUUAUGCUUUUAACCGCUCUGGAGCUGUCACUGUGGGGUCGACUUUGACAUGCAAUACUGCAGUCACACCUGCCACUUGCGUCUUGUCUUAG